GAUUGGCGGACGCGAAUGAACCAACCAAUCAGAGCAGAGGACUAUAAACUUCCUCUAUCUAUGGGUUUACUACAUUUUUAUAGCGUGAUUCACAGCUGGUAGCCUCGACAUGGAUAACGAUUUAUUUCGGUCGUUAAAUCGUUAUUUUUUUAACAGAUUUUAACUCUUAUCCUUUUGUAAACAAUCUGUCAACCUAUUUGUAUGUAGAUCAUACCUAAAGGAACGAACCAGAGGUGCCUUGUCUGGCAGCCGCACUUGCGACCACUCGACUAACGAGGCAAUUGCUAAUCUACCAUGAACAAGCGAUACGAGCAAUCCACCCUGUUCAAACUAUCUCCGUGUGAGGAGAGGCCUUUGGAAUAUUUUUAUAAUAAAUAUCGUGAUACAUACAUACUAAAUUAACUAAAAACGUCUGCACACGUUGCUUAUGAUGAAGAGUCCCUCUUUGACUCGAAAUUAGUAGAGCUUUUCUCCAUUACUACUGUAGAUUCUGGCUUACAGGAGUUGCAGCGGUAUUAGAAGUUUUGGCGAGAUUGUACCACUGAAAAACAAGGCCGUUGGCACUGUAUACCGUUGAUGUUUUUAGAAAUAAAUAAAAAAAAACGUGCUCUGUUAUAUAGUAGAUGUUUGUAUAAAUAAAUAAAAAAGCUAGUUUUAACCACCAAAAUUGCAAGCUAAAACUAAUUUUACAUCAUUCAUCAAAUGUUUUAAUUUUACAGCCACGGAUUCGGUGAAAACCAAACAUAAGAAGGCAUCUGAGACAUCGAAAGUCUUAAAGAAAAGUUCAUUGAGCUCAAUACUGAAACCGCAAUCAACUCUAUCGUCCAAAGAUUCGAAUAAAUUGAAGAAGAGUGUGUCGUCAAUACAAUCCAGUAAACUUGCUGUUUCGUAUGAUUCCCCCGAAAUAGGCAACGAUCAGGAACGAAAGGAUUUACAUGACGGAAACGCAGGGCAUCCACUUGUACCUGGUAGCUGGUCUAACGAUAAAGAUGUAUUAGAUAAAAUUGUAUUCAGUUUAAAAUAUGCUGAUCAAAAACGGAACACUGAAAACAUGGAACUGCCUGAUUUCGCUAUGCUGUCAAAUGAAACGGAUCUUGCAGAUAUGGAAAAAGAAGCCGACCUAGUGGAAUAUAAAUCUGACUGUCCGAAGGUCUGUCCGUCACGAGACGUCCUAGUUUGCGCCCGAUGUCAACAUGGAAUAUUCAGGACUUUCCUCAGCGUAUGUCAUAUGCGAAUGUUCACGUGUAAUCAUAUAGAUGAAUUUUUACAACUAGUAUCUCGUACUCCCUGUAUCCUGUCUGCCCCCUACUUGUCUGAAGAGGGGAUGGAACCCAAGGGGCGGGUGGUGGAAGAUGACGAUGAUGACAAAAUCAUGAGAUACAUCAUUUGCCGGGAUCAGGAUAGAAUGGAUAAAGAUGGGAAAUCGGCGGACCCGAGGUGCUCGUUCCCGUUAAUUAUAAAAACUAAUAAAUUUUUUUACGAUUACAAGCAUGUCAGACACCCCUUGGACCCGCAUUUGGUGACCAAUCAAACUAUCCAUGAAGUAAGGAGCAACUCACAUAGUGAUGACAGUGACGAAAAUAAGUCACAACACACGUCACACAAUAUAUCUUAAACUGAAAUCUACAUACAUCUUAUAAGGCGCUACCCUGACCAAAUAACCUUGAGCAUUCGACCAGUGCAGGUAAAUACGUAACGAAUACGCCCAGAUUCUAGAAUAAAAUCUAUAUAAAAUCAAAUUUUACUGUACCGUAAUUUCAGUCAGUCGCAUUGAUUUUAAAUUGGGUUUAGACUUUUCAUUUUAUCAAAAUAAUUAUGUGUUAAUAAAUAUUGUAACGUAAA